GUUUGAGAGAGAUCGGUACACCCAUAAAUGCCGUCAGUUCAGAAUCGAAAUGGAUGCCAUAGACGGGUAGAACCACAGAUUCCAAGGAUCGAUGUUCCAUACUCUGGCAGCCGUACUGUGCCUGGCCGCAUUAGUGAAUUCGGCCAGCAGUUGUGGGCCGUUGAGGGGCGGCGGACGACGUAGGCCACCGCGAAAAUUAACACCUUUGGUCUUUAAGCAGCAUGUUCCAAACGUGAACGAAUUUACGUUAGGUGCAAGUGGUCAGUCUGAAGGAAAAUUGACCAGAGACCAUCCAAAAUUUAAAAGCGUGCUUGUUCCAAAUUACAAUUCGGAUAUUAUAUUUCGAGACGAAGAGGGAACUGGAGCCGAUAGACUUAUGACACAGAGGUGCAAAGAGAAAUUGAACACACUGGCUAUUUUAGUGAUGAAUCAGUAUCCAGGAGUGAAACUUCGCGUCACCGAAGGAUUUGACGAAGAGAGCUACCACUCGACUCAAAGCUUACACUAUGAAGGCAGAGCAGUCGAUGUGACCACCAGUGACAGAGACAGAAGCAAGUACGGAAUGCUGGCCAGGCUGGCCGUAGAGGCUGGUUUUGACUUCGUUUAUUAUGAAUCUCGUUCGCACAUACACUGCUCAGUUAAAUCUGAAUCUGCUGAUGCCGGAAGAUCUGGAGGAUGUUUCGAUGGUGACUCAACAGUUCGGACAGAAGCUGGGCCAAAGAAAAUGUCAGACUUGCAGGUUGGCGAGAGAGUUCAGGUCGCCCGAACAGACGGCCAAACAGACUAUAGUGAAGUGAUUCUGUUUUUGGACAGAAACGAAACACAGCAAAGACUGUACAACACCCUAGAGACAGAGAAUGGGAGGAGCAUCACUCUCACUCCCACGCAUCUCAUAUUCACCGCUUCACCGCAUCAAACGACGCCGCAAGCGACCUUUGCCAAACAUGUGGAAAUUGGUGAUUACAUAUACGUCGCAUCAGAUCACAAAGUGACUUUAGAAAAAGUGAUCAGCGUUACUAGUUCCGCCAAAAAGGGAGUGUUUGCUCCCUUGACAAGAGAAGGAAACCUAGUGGUGGAUGGUGUAGUAGCUUCCUGCUAUGCCACCAUAGAAGACCAAGCGUUGGCACACUUUGCUUUCGCACCGGUCAGACUCAUUGACAACGUCUGGGAGGCGACGUUGCAUUUGCUACGGACUAUGCACAUCCUCAGGUACAGGGAGAGCAGAACGAUACCACCACACAAUGGCAUACAUUGGUACGCAAACUUUCUCUAUUCUAUAGCACACAAGCUUAUACCAGAAGAUUGAACUUCCAAAGACGAUCGCACUUCGUAAGAGACCAGCAAAAGAAAGAAAAAAAAGUCAGUCAGAAUUUGUGCAAUUACAACGCCGAACGCCUGGAUUUAUGUAUUUUUUUUACAAUUGUCAUUUGCAACGGAUAUAGAAUCCUCAUUUCCAAUUGUAAUGCAUGGAGACCAAUGUUAAUUGUUUUAGAUCAUUGUUGCCAAAAAUAUGGAUGGGCACACGAUAUUUGUAGUGAUUGCAACUGCGUUUUUUUGACUGAUAGCCAACCCGGUAAUUUUGUCCACAAAUUCGUCUCACAUAGCGUAGUCAGAACUUUAUUUGGUGUGAUCUGGCGCUUGUCAUGAAUAUACUUCGAAAAUUCUUUUUUUGUAAAGAUUAUUUAUUAUGUAUACAGCGCGAGCUUAGCGAAAAGCUUAUUUAUUUUAUAAGAAAAAGAUAUAUGAUGAAGAAAAAAAAAGAACUUUUCCCUCGAAGUCAUGGAGAAGCAGAAGAAAUCUUUUGCGUAAUUAUGUGAUUACUGUAAUAUAUGUUUGAAUAUAUCAAAUAUCUAUUUUCAUGUUGAAAUGCACAUAACUAAGUUAACUAUCUGUAUUUGUAAGAAAAAAAUAAUAAAAACUUUUUAUCUUUGUCA